AUGAUGCGACCACCGAUACCACGCAGCCUCUACAACCGGGUCUCCCUCCCACGAGCAGCGCAUCGCUCCCUCUCCACAUCAGCCUUCUCCAACCACCUCUCUCAUCACUCAACAAAUAAGACCAACAACCUACGAAUCACCAGAUCAAGAACCUCAAUCUCUUCGACCACCUCACUCUCUCAACCAACAAUCCAAAAACGCCCCUUCCUCUCCUCCUUUCUCCCCAACUCCGACUCCGCCUCCAAAACCCGCCACCUCACCGCGACCCGGACGCUCCCACACGCUCCCGCGCCUCUCUUCGAUAUCAUCUCCUCCGUCGAAUCCUACUCCUCCUUCCUCCCCUUCCUAACCGCCUCGACCGUCACCCACCGUGACCCAACAACCAACUACCCGACCCGCGCCUUCCUCACCGUCGGCUACGGGCCCCUCAGCGAGACCUUUACCUCCAAGGUGACCUGCGACGCGGAGAACUGGGUCGUGGAGGCGCAAAGCGGCGCUAAGUACGGCGUGGGCAAGAAAGACGGACAGGGAUUUCCGGGUGAGGAUGAGGGGCUCUUUGAGUACUUGAGUACACGGUGGGAGUUGCAGAGUCAGGGUGAGGGUAAGGGGACGGUGGUGAAGCUGGAUAUUCGGUUUGAGUUCCGCAGUCAGCUGCAUGCUGCUAUGAUGGGCGCUGUGGAGGGACAGAUGGCUGGUGUUAUGGUCGAGGCGUUUGAGAAGAGGAUUUAUGAUGUGUUGGGAAGGCCUUGA